UGUGGUGUCAGGUAUGUCAAAAUUCAAACAUGUGGUUAUAUUAAUUUGUAAAGUUUGUGGUUUCAAAAAUAAAAUAAGAAUACAAACCGUCUUGUACCAAUAUUUUAUUACUUAAGUCAUUGAGGAUGGCCGAGGAAAAUAAAUCGAGUUUGUCGAAGGAGUCGGCAGUCUCGUUAUUUGAUGCUUUUGAUUUGCUGAGAUCCUCUACCGAAAAUGCUAAGGUUAACGGUGCGGCUAAAAUUGUUGCACAAUUACACGGAACCGAGGUUCAAAAGGAUGUCACUUAUGCCUUGAGAAGAUUGAUACGAAGUUUAGGUGCUAAUGUAGCAGAAAUGCGUAUUGGUUAUUUUGGGACACUUGUCAGUCUAUUUAAUAGGCUAGAAGAGGUAUCAGUAAAAGACAUAUUGAGUAUAGCGCACAAGGAGUUGCAUGCUAAUGGCUCUACAAAAAGUGAAAUUGGAGAUGUUGCCCUUGGACAAAUAUUGGUUUGUGGUGCAAUACUUCGAUCCAAAUUAAUUUUUAAGUGUGAUGCUGAUGAACAAAAACAAAUAAUUCAACUUCUUCUAUCAUCCGGAAACAAAAAAUCUUAUCUAAGUGUGAUAGCUUACAACUUGUUGUUAGACCUGUCUAACAGAGUAAAUGAAGAACAGUUUUCUGCAUUUAUAUGGCCAAAUAUAAAGCAAGAUUUCAAAAAAGAGAUAAAAGAACUAAGCUUAGAUUCAAUUUACUUUUUGUUAGUUGUUGGAACAAAAUUUCCUAACACAGUAAAAUUAAGAAAGCUUAUUGGAGCACCCUCCUUGCUACAUGAAGACUUUAUACCUGAUAUAUGUGAAAAGUUAAUGUCUGGUAUUGAUUUACAAACAUCUGGUCACCCUAUAUAUGCACAGAUUGGAAAAGAUGUUGCGACAUGUCCACAAUUAGUUUCACUUUGGACUAAAAUUGAUAGUUAUCUUGUAAAACAUAACAGAAACAGAGAAUUGGCUGCUUUAAACAUUUUAAAUGCAAUUUUGAACAACCUGCAGAAUGGUUCAGCAUUGCCCACUUUGCUCGGGGAUAACUUGUUGAAAUUGCUUAUGGAUUGGUUCAAAGGCCUCCAAACUGCAAGUAAAAUACGAAACAAGAAGGAUGAUGAAGAUGAUCAUAGAAUAAUGGUCAAAAAGGGGAAAGAAGUUUUAGUGUCAUUAACCAAAGCAUUAAAAUUGCCUUCGGUAGAUAACCAUAUUAGAGUGAUAGUGUUAAAGAAGCUUCUAUUGUCACCAGGAGAAAUUAACUUUACAGAGAUUUCAGGUUCUAGUGUAAUAAAAACUUUGAUAGCCGAUUUAGACAUAGAGGGGUUGAAGAAAAUGUCUAAAAUAUUCAAAAAGAUCCUACUGAACACAUCACAAAAGUCUGUAAAGGAGAAUGUUGAAAGAAAGUGGUAUAACAAUGAAAGAGUUAAAGCUGCAGAACUUCUGUCUUACAUUGUUUGCCAUGAAAAAGUCAAGGAUGAUAUUGAAUUUAAAAUUUCUAAUAUGCAGCUGUUGAUGUGUUUAGCAUUUUUCAAAACUGGUGGUGAUGAUCAUAUUGCAGUUAGCUCAGAAUUGGCAGGAUCCAUAAAAACUUGUUUCUACAGAUGUUUUACUACUCGCUUUUCAAAUGUGAAUAACUUAGUGACGGUUCUAUCAUCACUUAGUAGCUUUAUAUCCAAGAUAAUGAAAAAAGAGCAAAUAUUAGAAAAGUUAGAAAAACAAUUUUCAAAGGAAAACAUGGAGUGUUGGAAUGUGCAUUUAGAAAUUUGCAAUAAAAUAGAAGAAAGCAAUUGCAACAGUAAGGUAGAUAAGGUCUUUUUGAUUUUGCUUCAUCAAUUAGGUCUAUUUUUAUUUUCUGAGCCCACUCAUGUUAAAAUAUCUCAAAGUUGUAUCAUGGAAUUAAAAAGUUGUUAUGAACAUUAUAAAAAAGGAAAGAAGAAACAGAAAAAUAAAAAAAAUGAUAGUAUAUCAGAGGAGGAGCCGGAGUGGAUUGAGGUAGUUAUAGAAGUUCUACUAUCAAUUCUUUCUGUGGAUUCGAGUGUUCUUCGCUCUGUCGUUCAAUGCGUGUUUCGACUUCUCUGUGAAAACUUAACACCGACAUGUAUGGAACAAAUUGUAUCAGUUCUGGAUCCUGAGAGUGAAUCUAAUCCUCUCACAAAUGAUAGUAACAGUGAUGAGGAAUCAGAAGAUGAUUCAGAAACUAAAGAGAUAAAACCAGUUGAAAAUGGAAACGCUUCAGACUCAAAUGAUGAAGAUGAUGAUAACGAAAGUGAUUCUGAAAUAGAAGAUGAUGACGAGGAAAUGAAAACACCAGACCAGCUUCGUCUAGCUGUGCAAAAAGCAUUAGGAAGUGCAGUAGUGCCAGAUUCUGAUACAGAAAGUUUGGAUGCCGAUAUGAUCACAGAGGAGGAAGGACAGAAAUUAGAUGAAGCUUUAGCAGAAGCGUUCAGGCAGUUUCAUCAGGGAAAGAAUCAAAAGUCAAAGAAGGAACGUAAAGGCAAGAAAGCAUUGUCAGAUUUCAGAAUCAGAGUUUUAGAUCUGAUUGAAAUUUAUUUAGAAAAGGAUCCACAAAUGGAUAUAUGUUUGGCUAUGAUUUCACCUCUGACUAAAGCACUUGAGUUUUGCCUAAUGGAUAAUCAACUUACUGAACUUCAAAAUAAAAUAAGGAAAACUCUAAAAAGUUUUUCAAAAAUCAAAAAGUUUUCUGCAACUGGGGAUUUAUCUGUAGAAACCUUAGCAAAUUUCCUCCAAUCGAUUAUUGAAAAACGCGAGAGAUCACAGUUCUUGUACCAAGCACUCGGAGACGUCAUUACGAGCUCUGCCACGUUUAUUAUAAAUUGCUAUCAAAAAAUUCAAGCUGAAGAAUCAAAAUCAUCUAAAACUAAAAAGAAGUCUCCUCUUUUAACAGUUUUAAAGACUGCAAUGGACAAUUUCUUUACGAGUAGAAGUUGCUUACUGCCAAUAAUAUUCUUCCAUAAGAUAUUACAAAUACAAUGGGAAGGUACUUAUGAUCUUAUGGAAAUUAUUGUUGAUAAUAUUUUCAAUGAGAAUGUAAGACAUUUCCGCCGUAAUGAAGGGCUGGAGUUGAUGAUGGGCUACUAUCGUGCACUUUGUAGGAAUAAACCCAGUACCAAGAAUGAUAUAGUUCAAAUAUUAAAUAUAGAAAAAAUGUUUCUUGAUAAAUUUACCGUAGCAUUUACUGAGAACAGGAAUACAGAAGUAAAGAAGAAUUUCUUAGUGACUCUUAGAAAAUUAAUUAAUAUCAUUAGAUCCUACCACGAGAGUAGUAAAGUUACAACAAACCUAGAUUUUAAGUCAAUGACGGUAACAUUGAGCUCAGUUAAUACUACAAGUGCAAAAGCUCAGCCACAAAAUCAUAACAAUAAUAAUAAUCAAAAGAAGAAAAACAAAAAACGCAAGAUUGUUAAUGGAGACAGUUCGCCAGCAAAAAAAGUUAAGAAUGAAUAAUGUUAAUAUAUGAGUUUCAAGACAUACAUUAUAAAUAAACAUUAUUU